UCGAUUUGAUUUCUAUAUGAUAGGUAGCCUUCCUGACGUUGAUAUUAGAAGCUAGGAGUCUGCUCACUUCGUCCAAUCUUCCUUUACCUAGUGUUUAUCUCUUUGCUAGGGAAUUAUUACGCAUAAAACAACCAAAUCAAUAUUCUUGCAAGUAUAUCGCUACGAAAAUGGACAUGCUUCAAAGCAUCUACAAUCAUCUCGUGCUACCUCCCCAGCUUCCGGGGGAACAGGAUGAGAAUAUCGAAAUAAUCUCUCACGAGAUCGGAAAACGUAUUCUCGCCGCAUGUGAUGGCGUUGGCAGUCUCGUAGAUCAGCCUUGGUCUCAAGCGUUUCAAUGCCUUCGGGUCUCCCUGGCCACUUGUAUUGAUCUAAAUACUGGCCGUUUAGAGAAGACAACAUUGCUAAAGCAUUUCCACCGGCUUGAGCCCAACCAUAUGCUCAUCUUGCAUGUCGUCGAGCAGAACGCUGCCUUGAUCAUUCGGCGCGAAGUUUUUGAGGGCCAGGAUCAUGUCAUCUUCGAGGCUUUCGAAGCGUCAGCAACUUCCGAACAAGUCCUCGCCGCAGACCAGGCUAUGCAAUGGGAUUUUCCGGGUCGUUCCGCCCAGGUUCCUCUUAGUGUCUUCUUUGAUCAAGCCUUCCAGGACACUCUCGCGGGUUUUCUCGAGCAGGCUUGCAUCGAAUCACUUCAUAGCCUUCAAGCUCACGCCAAGAAGACGGGAGUAUCUAUCACGGAGGCUAGGGACACGACCAAUCCAGCGCUUAUCACGCAGUUGCUCAUACCUCUUCUCGAGGCUAUGGGUGACCACUUUCAGGCCCCGAUACUCCGAAAACGAGUCAGAGACGAUGUUAACAUCGUGAAGGGGAAUUUACCAUGGCGAAGACUUCCUUUUUGGCUAGUAUUACGCGUCGCAAGUCAACGUCACCUCUGUUUAUUACUGGGGAACGAGCAGGGCCGCAUGAGCUACAAAUUCCUCAUGAGCAUACUCUUUUCUGAACUAUUGAAGGAAUCCGCCGGAACAUUACAUCCUGAACUGACCAUCCUGCUGCGCGCUAAACUCUGCCGUCGUAUGGCGAAGCUGGAAGUCGAAAGGACCAAGACUAGACCGGUAGAUAUGCCCAUAUACGAGUUGCCGUUUACGCGAAUCAGUCCCGUAGUCAAGGAUGCUAUAGAGAAUGUGACCGCCCAAAUCGACGCUGCCUGGAACUCCUUCAAAAAGGCAACAACGAGAAAGAUUCCGCGGCUUCCCUUGCGCGCAACUGAUGAUGCUCUUCGGCUCUCCCUCCCUAACAGCGGUGACUACCUCGACCGUUUGUUGUCGUUCUCAGCGCCGCAGCGGCAAUCUCUCUCAUCUCUCGAUCUUCCGCAACCGCUCGACAAAACCAUAAAACGAAUGCAAGAGUUUACGGAUCAUAUUCAUAAUCUCGCAUCGAAGGAGAUUCGUAUACGUCGCGGUAUGGAACUUAGUAACGAUACGGCAGGUGAUCACGAAUCAAAUGACGAAACCUGCAAAGCCCAGUGCGUCAAACUUGCUCGGCAAAUAAGCCGCGUCUUUGAAGACGUUGGGACGACGUACGGCUCGGACCCAGAGCAGAUGUCCAAUAUGAUUCUCUCAAUCUUCACCCUGUGGAUUCAACUUGACAAACGUGCUAUCGAAGCCUGUCCCAUUUUAGCCGAUCACCGCCCCCUUUUCCGCCCCGAGAUACUUGACGUCUUACAGCUCCCGACAUUGCGUGCUAUGCGCCAGCUUCAAGAAAUCCAGGACUACUUAUCUGAACGCCACAAGAAGUCUCAUCUCGGUAGUAUUCUUGACGAUAUCAGUUCAGACUGUCUGGCUGUGCGUUAUGUCGCCCAGUCACGUAGCAUGAAAGCUUUGGGCUCAACAAUCCAAAACGCAUCAGACGAAGCUCGUAUAGUCAAGGAAUUCGAAUGGAAAUCGUCCUGUCGAGAGUAUGACGAGCACACGGAAGCUAUCGCGGAUGACAUAUGCUGCUGCACUUGGCGCGACGGCCAACGUGAUGUUCGGGGUUGCACAAAAUGCUGGCACUGGCGAGUUCGGAAUCGUAUCGAGAUUCAAGUACACGAGGCGUUCCUCCCAGCGAAAGACCCGCAGAGAUCCGCCCUGAUAUUUGAACUUGCUAUCCCUGGCCACAUAUCCGCGUACAGGAAUGCUACUUGGCGUAUCGCGAGAGCGCUGACACAUCCAGACCGUCUCGCGAGAUCCUCGGCUCCUGCAAUUGAGCUAACGGACUGCAAGCCCCUCCGCCCAUACUUCGCGGCCGAAGCGGAAGGGAUCUCGCUGGGAUCUACGAUCAAGUGCUUCCAGCAGACGCAUUAUAAGUUUGCUCGUGGCAAGGCCCCAUUGUCGGAUAUCAUGUUACCCUUUGGGGCAAAUUUCGAACUUUACGACCGCGAUUCCCAGCUCUGGAUCAGGGACCUUAGAGAGCCUCUAACGUUCCAGCGUCAAUGCGGCGUCCAUAUCCCUACGGGGCUUCGAAACACUGUCAUUCCGGCAGUUCAAAACACCGCUAACAUCUUGGAGGGGCCGUCAUCUUAUCAAAUCCAGGCCAACGAGGGCCAGUGCCCCACUAAUAUGUCCGUCCAUGAGUUUUCGGCGUGUCAGAAACUACUCGCGGGUAAGCUACGCCGCUGGCCCAAUAUCCUGGUCGAGUUGGGUUCCUCAAAUCUGAACUUCAGUAGCGAGGACACUACUCGAUUACUAUGCCAGCUCGCCGUUCAAGCCGGCCCCGAGUCAAACGGCGAAGACUUGAGAGCCGUCCAUGCCGUUUUUAAGGAGCCGGCGUUCUUAGAACGCCUAGCGGAUAUAAUUGAGAAACGACUGGACGCUAUAUCGACAAACUGGCGGGAACACAAUCAAAUGGAGUUGCUGAUCACACUCGCGUUGCGGAUAGUUCAGCUAUCUUCCGGAUUACCUAACGAGCGUGGUAAGACAUUUCUCCGAAAAGCGAGAGACGCGACCUUGGACUGGACGGUUCGUCUUGGGCGGGAAACCCGAUCCGCCGGCGAUGCUCACGCGGCGAUGCGGGCUGCGAAAUACGGCUUUUGCGCGGCAUUGCUGUGCCGGCGGACUUUCACCGCUCACGCCGAUCUGGGGCAGGUUAUCAGCUCCGAAGAUCUAGCAUCAUGGGUCCAGGCUUCGAUAGCCCUGCAGGAAAACAUCCCUAACGAGAUCGAAAAAUUACCACAAACCAUGAAAAGCAUGCUCAUCCGCGAUACCAAAAUGGCGCAUCGGCUCUGGCCGCUGCUGCAGAGUGCCAUACGUGCCCGCCCUGCUAGCAUCGGAGACGGGAUUCGUAUGAGCUGGACCGACUCGUCGGACAAUGUACCCCUGACCUUUACGGAGUGGAGUUUUCUUCCGCAACCAGAUACCUUCUGGGUUGUUGCUGGGAUGUUCGAAAACGAGGAAAUGUGCCAUUCUAGCCAGGUGGUGCACUGCCACGUCCUCGAAGGUCACUUGUUGGUUAAUAAAAAACCACGAGGGAAGCUCCCACUCGAGAUUCGCAACGACUCAUCGGUCAAAGAAAUUUUCGGCGAUAAACAUCUCUUGACAUAUCCCUCGCCCCUACCGGGGAUGUCACAUCGGUUGGCUACCAAUAUGUUCGGCCAGUGGGUGCAUUUUGGACUGCGCGGUGAACGGGUAGUGAUUCGUAUCGUCUCGAGGGAUGGUCUACUCGAACACGUGCCUAGGGAUAUCUUCGUCGGCCCAGGGCACGAUAACUUCGACUUGCCAACAGAACUGCUUGACAACUGCGUACAUUGGCUUAACUUGCAUUCGAAAUGCUUAGAAGUACGCCGAAAGCCGGAAAUCUGGAAAAAGAAAAUGCGGAAUUGGAUUGUUAACGUUCAGGAACGGCAAGCUAUCCGUGCCAAUAGCAUGCUUGUCAAUCCUCAGUCGGAUUUAUUCCGCAACGUUGCCCGAGCCUUUCAAUAUUUCGAGACCCCGAGAAGGUUGACAGUAUUCCAGCCCCAGACAGAUUACGGCAAGCUAUCAAUUGAGCUACGCCAUUUAGAGCUGUCCUUCUUUGUGAAUACACGUGGUCUUCUCGAAUGCCGUCAGCUGAAGGCGGAGAUAGACCCUGAUCAGGAUGCAGGGACUUGGUAUGGCCUUGAGAGCAAGAUCGUGUUGAGAGAUGUCAUCUCUCAUAAAAGAAGUAUCAUCGUACCACUUGGAAAUAAGGUAGUUGCCAUUAGGCAUGGCAUGCAUAUCAGGGUCCGGACGGAGGAAGCGCAGAAUUACGGCAGGUAUACGGUCGACGAGACCUUGAAUAGGCUUUCGUGCCCCCCAGAGCCGUGGCUCUUAUAUACGAAGGCUCUAUACCACGCAUUUACAUCUUUCUGUUUACCCGACCCCCUGACCGGUCGCACAGGCACGGAAGAGGCAUCUCACAUUCUCCGGUCUGGCGCUGCUCAGCCAUGGACUUCACAAAGAGAGGGCAUGGCUCCGCUCAUAAUACUGACAUCGCUACUUCCGCAGAGAGAAUAUUAUCCCCCCCAUCUGAAGCGAUUUCAGAGGGUCAAGUGGGAUCCAGAUCUAACCAUGACUGUCCAACACGACGGCUACGAGUCCUUAAUCGGAGAUAUCAUAGAGAGGUCAAGCCGACUCGCAGAAUUUGACAGCCCCGAGACAGGAGGUUCCAACUUUGCGAAGCCAACCGACCUCCGCCGCCGCGGUGAAAUAUGUCAGCAUCUUUACCGGCGCUCAAAUCUGGAUACGUCUGACCAAAUCACAAAUGACGCAGUCUGCGGAACCCGCGACCAGAGGACGAAACCCCACGCCGGUAGAGUUUACGAGAUCGCUCGUCUAGUCCUUACCAGCUGCCGUGAUAUUCAUCUCAAUACCCGACUGAUUUCCAUACUCGAGUCUUGGAAGAUUAUUAGCGGGUUCAACAGCGAAAAUGUCUCUUUAUCACACGUCAAACCGCUAGCUAAUCAAAUUGGGGACCCGAUAAACGAGCAAUGGGGGGAUCUCGUCAAUUUCAGUCGGCAAGCCGAAAACCAAUUUUCCGUGCUCUUUCGUCUUGGGUUGUUGGCAUUCGCCCCCAGCCCCGACAUGGACACUCUCCGCAUGCUCGCGGCAUUUUCUUGCAUCGACGAGCUAAAAAGUUUAGAACAGCCCGCGUAUGGUAGCUUCUCGGAUUUUGCAUCUCGCGGGCGACCCUCGGUUGAUGUCUUGCAGAGAAUCAUCACUCAAACCUGUUCUACAACCAGAAGCAAUCAUCAUUUACGAGACAGAGUACAGAGCCAGAGGAUUGCUACCCAUAUACUGUCUCAGUGGCCGGUUCCUGCCGAAGAGUUGUCGACCAAAAGCCUGAGAAUGGACCUUAUCGAUGCCCCAACCAUCCUAAACGCGAUAGUCGUCGAGUGGGAGCGUAGAAGAGGAAACGCAGAGUUAGAGGAUUAUAUCAACCAAGUUCAACUAGUUCUGGACUCGCGCCGCCGCGGGCCGAAAAUUGUUUUUUCACCAAGCGUCCGGAACAGCGAAGAGCCAGCGUUCAUCUCCCCGAAGAGAUCGCGAGCAAUCCCGCCUACCGCUAGGGAACUGGUAGGGAAGAACUGCAAUGACCUAGGUAAUCUAGGUCCUGGGACAACAUUCAAGGACGCAAGUGCGGCUGAGCAUGCCGAAACGUCUAAGGUAUCUAGAAGCGACCCUUCGAGCGAAGUUCAAGAGCUCGAGAGAAUCUUGGGAGGGUUCGCAAAGUCCCCCGACGACCUACGUGCACAGUACGGCACGGAUCUUCUUCAGAGUCUGGCAGCUCUUAAAGACGCCAGCUCCGCUACGCAGAGAGACCACGGAGAUCCCGCACCCGCGUCUAACUCCGUGGCAAACGCCCUACAGCCACUACGCCAAAUCACCGCUUCCCACGCUGGUCAGAUUUUUACAGCCCUCUCCGCAAACGAUGGUCGAUCCACGUGGUUGAAACUGGGCGGUAUCUGGCCCUGUACAACCCCAGUUGAAUUGUUGGAGCUGCUUAGAUCUGCUUCAUGUCACCAGUUUGGCCCGGGUAUGAAAGAAGCAUUGGUAGAGUACGGCCUCGCUAUCACAAGCCUGCAACGACUCCAUCGUAUUCGAAACGCCCUGCUAAGAGCAGAUACACGGGUGAUGAGCGAGGAGAUUCGCAACCUGGGCCACCAGAAUUGGUCGCCCCUCGAACAUCCGGACUGGCUCUUGUUGGAGAUCGAAAGCGACAUCCUCAUCCGGCCCGAGCAGGUGGACGUAGCACGAGCCAUCAUCAAACCAGCGUCAGGUCAGAAUAGCGUCAUACAGAUGAACAUGGGCAAGGGAAAAACCUCCUGCAUCGUCCCUAUGGUUAUAGCCGUCAUAGCCGACGGGGAAAACCUCUCGCGCCUCGUCGUGCCUAAGGCACUUCUAGCGCAGACUGCGCAGAUGGUACAGUCUCGACUAGGAGGUCUCGUAGGCCGCGAGAUAUGCCACAUCCCCUUCUCGCGCAAGACUCGGAUGUCCCCUGGAAUGCUGGACGAGUACGCCCGAUUCCACCACGACACGCGCAUUAACAGAGGCCUGGUACUUACCAGCCACGAACACAUCUUAUCCUACCAGCUAAGCGGGUGGCAGCACGUGGCCGACGGCAGACUUGAGACGGCGUCGACCAUGACCAAAUUUCAGCGAUGGCUGAACGAUCACUGCAGAGAUGUGCUGGACGAAUGCGAUUUCACGCUGUCAGUUAAGACCCAGCUCAACUAUCCCGGCGGAUCCGAGAUGGCCAUCGACGGGCAGCCUCAUCGGUGGGAAGUUGCCCAAGAGCUGCUCGCCUUGGCAGCCGAUCAUAUCUCGUCGUUGCGAGACGAGUUUCCCGGCAGCAUCGACGUACGAGAACGCCCGGGAUCGUACCCCAUGGCGCACUUCCUAAAAAGUGACAUGGAAGACAAACUUCGAGAUCGUAUAUUGGACGAUAUCUGUGCGGGAAGAGCCAAUUUCCUUCGUCCCGCAAAAGGGAGCUUUCCGAAACGGCAAGCAAGUGUCAGACAAGCUCUCUCGGCGCAGCGACCCGACGAGCGCACGUUAACCGAAGCGUCGAGCGCGUUUGUCGACCCGCAGAGAGCAUCCAAGACACUCCUCGUCGUCCGAGGUCUCGUGGUAAAUAAAAUAUUGCUCUUCUGCUUGAGCAGACGCUGGAACGUUCAGUACGGCCUACAUCCGGACCGCGAUCCCAUCGCCGUACCUUUCGAAGCGAAAGGCACGCCGUCCGAGCAGUCUGAAUUCGGCCACCCGGACGUCGCGAUUUUGUUUACGUGUUUGUCAUUCUACUACACAGGUUUGCCACUUGGGGACCUUCGCCGGAGCGUAAAGCAAGUCCUCCAGUCGGACGACCCGGCUCUGCAGUACGGAUGGUGGAUUUCGGGGUGUAGCACCCUACCCGAGUCGUUGCAGCACUGGAGAGCCAUCAACGUCGAGGACGCGGGUCAGAUGGAAGAGAUGUGGAAGCACCUGCGGUUUAACCGUAUCGUCGUUAAUUAUCAUAUGAAUAACUUCGUCUUCCCCUCAUACGCGAGACAAUUUGAAACCAAGCUGCAGGCAUCCGCAUGGGAUAUUCCGCUCAUGUCGAAGGCACAGCACGAGGCCAAGACGACGGGUUUCAGCGGGACAAACGAUAAUCGGAUGAUGCUACCCUUGACAAUUCGACAAGACGAGCUACCCAGCUUACGACAGACAAACGCCGAAGUUCUCUCAUACCUCCUGCAGCGUCGAAACCGCGGAUACCAGGUGACCACAAAUCAUCGUGGCAAACGUCUGAGCGAAUCUGAUCUUCUGACCCAAUUGAAAGAACAGGAAAUUCGAGUCCUCAUCGACGCCGGAGCGUACAUACUCGAGAUGGACAAUAAGACACUCGCCGACACGUGGCUGAAGAUCGAUCACGCAGCUAAGGCUGCUAUCUACUUCGGAAGGGAUAGCAAAGCUUGGGUCCACUACCGAGGCGAGGCGAAGAGCGACGUGCCUCUCUUGGCCACGCCUUUCGCGGACGAUCUGAGCGAAUGCGUCGUAUACCUCGACGAGGCGCACACACGAGGCGUAGACCUCAAAUUCCCGUCGGACGCCCACGGCGCCCUGACGCUCGCGCCCAAGCAAACAAAAGACUUUACAAUGCAAGCGGCAAUGCGGCUUCGCCAACUCCGUAGCACCCAGCGCGUAACCUUCUUUGCUCCUCCCGAGGUCGAUCAGAGCAUCCGAGAUUGCUGCCACCCAAAACAUAACGAGCGGCUAGACUCCUCGCAUGUCAUUGCUUGGCUACUCGAGCAAACCUGUCGCGGUAUCGUGGACAUGCAGGGUUUAUACGUGGCCCAAGGUGUCGAUUUCUGCGAUCGCACCGACGCGGCGUCACGCUACGGAGAUUUUAUAACCAAACUCACGCACCGUAGAAGGCUGCUUCAGAUAUUGAAACAGCCAGAGCGUCAGACGUUAGAGCAAAUGUACGGAUAUGAUGUAGCGACACCCGCCACAGAUUCCACCAAAGUGAUGUCCACUCCACAGCUGCAAGGAUUUUUAAAUCAGCUACUUCGGUCCCGCCGCACUACCGGUGUAGCGCAGACGGGCGUCUUCGAGGAGGUAGAAGUAGAAAGGGAGCGUGAGGUACAGAAUCAAGUCCAGCAAGUCCGGCAGAUACAGAGACCACCCCUAUACGGGGCAUUCCCAUUCCCAGGUCUCCAUCGCGCUCUUCGGAAGUUCGCGGAGACCGGCAUACUCGACCUCGCACCGGCCGGCCAGACAUCCGCAUUCGCGCACGCAUUCGCUUAUCUAGCGAGGACCGACAUCGGAAAACGACACAAAGUGCACAUCACAGGGUCGGCACUAUUCGUGUCUAACGAGUUUGAGAGAACGGUUAACGUUCCGGGAAAAUAUGACUUGAUCGAUAAUUUCUUGCGUCCAGUGGAGUGGAUUCUAUGGAGUCCUUCGACCCAAACUGCCGUGGUCAUCAUCCCCGAGGAGGCUGAGCUGCUCAUACCGCUUUUCCGACUACGGGGCUGUAGGUCCGCCGUUCACCUAAUCGCCUAUGCCGCACCGGUCACGAAGACUAUGACGGGUUUUAACGAAUUUCGAUAUUACAGCCUGCCGCAACUCCCGACGCAUCAUAUCUUUCCUGAUUGGUUCCGAGUUGAGUUGGGAAUACUCGCCGGAAGGCUCUACGUCGAUCCUGACGAAGGGAAGUUACUCACUCGAUAUUUCCAACCGAGUCUUUCGAAUGACGCCGAGAUUAAUCGGCUGGCGGACGACCCUGCUCAAUUUCUCUUGGAGUGGCUGUCUCUUCGACGAAGGUCACAGGACGUGACGCGCACUCCUAUGGGACUUAUAUGUACCGGUCGAAACCCCGAGGCGGGCCACGUACUCUGAGAGUUCACGGCGUUGUCUUUAUCGAAAGCUCCAAAGCGAGGGUUUAGCUGAUCGGAGUCUUCGCCUGUGUAUCUGCUUAGGUAA